AUGUUCUUCAUCGGUAUUGUCACUGGCUCCCUGGCCCUGGCUGGCUUGGUCGCUGCUGGCGAUAUGCCAGACUCCACACCUUGGCUUAUUGACCUUCACUCGUCUCCUGCUGACGCUCAGAUUCAACAGGGUGUUUGCGGAAUCGGAGGCCAGUACUGCACCUCGCCUGGCUGCCAGCUCGCCUACGGCCCAGCCUGCCAUGGGAAUAUAUGGCCCCGCGGUCAUGAUACCUCCGACGUGUUACGGCCCAAGUUCGGCCAGGUCCCAUAUGGCGUCGACAUCACCAGUUGCACUACUCCGGGAACGAUGGCUCUCACUUUCGACGAUGGGCCCUACCAUUACACCAACGAGCUCCUUGAUCUCCUCAAAGAGAAUAAUGUUCUGGCCACUUUCUACGUCACCGGAGUGAACGGGGCCAAAGGUGCCAUUAACAACCGUUCAACAGCGAACCCUGCCAUGCUCCGACGGAUGCUGGCUGAUGGACACCAAAUUGCCAGUCAUUCCUGGAGUCAUGAGGACAUGGAAUCCGUCUCGCUGGAGGAGCGCCACAGACAGAUCGUCAAAAUCGAGAUUGCCCUAGCCGACCUAUUCGGGUUUUUCCCAACCUAUUACCGGCCUCCGUACACGAGCUGCGGGGCGGAUUGCAUGGCAGAGCUUGCGUCUCUUGGAUAUCAUGUUACAAACUACAAUCUUGACACGAAAGAUUGGCAAGUAGACGGAGCCAAGGCCAAGGCCAAUUACGAAACUCUUCUUGCCAAAGCCAAUCCUCGAACGGCUGGAGUGAUUACCCUUGCACAUGACAUCCACCUUGACACCGUUCACGGGCUUACUCAGUUCAUGAUCGAUAAGGCACGACAAGCAGGCUAUAAGCUCGUGACAGUUGGUGAUUGCCUCGGUGACCCAAGGUCCAACUGGUAUCGAGACGCCAAGACUGGAAACCCCGUCAGCGAAUCGGUCAUCGGCAACGCUGUCUCAAGCUAUGUUCGACCUUCCUCUAGCUCUCCUAGCGUGACAGUUGGAGAGAAGACGUCCGGGAGUCUUAGUCUCAACAGGGUGGCGGCUCCGUCGGGAAUCAAAGAAGAUGAUGAUUCUGUUGAACCCCAAAUAUCAGCGGCGAGUCUUGAUGCUGUUGGCUUGAGGAAGCGGACAAAAGCAACCGAUCUUGUUCCCUUCCAUUGA